CAGCAGUCGUAUGUCACCAUCCGCGCACGGCAGCCCGCCGAUGGAGCUGGUAUAUCUAAUGGCGCCUCACCCGUACGUUGGAAAGCCGAACCCCCCUGCCAUUUCCUUCCCUGUCUCUCUGUGUAAUUUGGCGCAUACAGGCGAGGAAGAAAAAGACAGCGAGAGUGUGUGAGCAUGAGAGAAGCAAUGGGCUCACUGGAUGUGCUACAGGGAAUGGGCCCGCGAGAUGCGUAUGCUCGAUCUGCAACCCAUGACAUUAGCCGAGCGAGCUUCCAUGUGAAGCAUAUCGGGCAGUUUGCCCAGAGGCUCGAAGACUCAGCGGCGAGAGCGUUCCCAAACCGUGGACGGACAUCUCAGCGGUACAAGAAUGUCCAGUCGCUGCUGAUGCAUUGGGGCUCUGACGACCUGUUUGUUCUUCCCGAGCUCGAAGACUUGGGCAAGUGUCUGCGCGAUGACUAUGCAUUUGGCACUGAAAUCUACUCAAUCCCAUCAGAAAAUUCUCAUCUAGAGCUCAUGAUGAGAAUUGGACAGCUGAUAAGAGAUCACGAAUCACCCGAUACGCUUUUUAUUGUCUACUACGGCGGCCAUGCUCGGAUUGAUGAGUCAAGACAGAGCACGUGGUGUGCUACGCGAGAUCCCGGCUCUCCUUGGCUACAAUGGUCCGCGAUCCAGACGCUCUUGGAAAGAUCAAAAUCCGACGUUCUCAUCUUGUUAGACUGUUGUGCCGGGGCUGCUAGUGCCACAUUCCCUACUGGCAGCAGCGUCACAGAGACGAUAUCGGCUUCCAGUUGGGACGCCAUUGCCCCUGAUCCUGGAAGCUAUUCAUUCACGAAUGCGCUCAUAGAGGUCUUACAGGAAUGGCGUCAUAGAGCGUUUUCUGCCGCUAUGCUCCAUGCCGAGGUCCUUGCGCGGUUGAAGCAUCCGAGGCCCAUUACUAUCAACGGCAAGCAUUUCGAGGCUCGGUCGACGCCAGUUCACUUUAUGAUGACAGCUAACCACAGAGCGCCAAGUAUUGAGCUAUCCAGGACGCAACCAGUGGAGAAGAGAUCCAUGUCAGCUCCUACUAUCCCUCACAUGGACGUAGAGCCUAUUGGAAGUCAUGUUGGGGGACCUGUCGGUGGUCUUGCAGCUAUGGAGUCCGCUGGACGAGCGGCAAGUCCUGCGGGUGCUCUCACAGGAAACCCCUUUCCGAACGAGCCCACCGAGGAUACUCCUCAUGUGAUGAUAUCUCUGGCUUUGGAAGAUGAUCAGAGACUAGAUAUCAAUGCGUGGGAGCAAUGGCUGAAUGCCUUUCCCGCCAUGGCCAAGUACGUCAAGAUUCAAGGUGUUUUCAAGAGCCACUCUACCUUGGUCUUGGUUUCGAUGCCCGUCAUGGUCUGGGAUCUUCUGCCAGAGGAUCCGGCAACUUCAUUCAUCGCCUUCAUUCGCUCCAAUAAUAUAGCAACUCAGAAACCGCAGCCGUCGCCAAUUGUCACUCCUGUGCCAGCAUCACAACAACAGUCUGAAGCGGGAGCGCCGGAUACAGCCUCUUAUGUAUCUGGUGUUUCGGGCACCACUUUUGCGCCAACAGAGGCAAGCCGCUUCGGCGACCAGUUUAGGCAAUCUUUCAGCUUCAGCUCUACUCGAGACAUGAGAUCAGCUCGGAACGCGACCUCUUCUGGUCAAUCUGCAUUAUCACAACCAGGCCCAGCUUCGUCUCACCAGCCACCAUUUUCUAGGUCCAUGAGCGCUGCAGCCUCCCUCCCUCCCGUAUAUUCAGGCUCAUCCUCAUCAAGUACAAGUCCUGUGAUUUCCAGGCAAAUGAUUCUCAAUCAACAGCAGUCCCAAAGACGUACCACAUUCGGUGCUGACGUCCCCGAACCUCAAAGCUUUUCUGCCCAUGUUGAGAAGCGGCUAGAAGAAUAUUACCAGAACCACCCUUUUCCAAAUGAUGGCGAGAGCGCUUUCCUCGCGUCGAAUCUUGGAAUAGAACCUUUACACCUUGGCCUAUGGUUCCAUCACCGUCGCGAACGAGACUUGGUCACUAACCGGCUCGCUACCAUGAAAGUUGGCGACAUCCCAUUUAACGAGGGCGGCGGUCCUCUCCUGAUACUGCCGGCAGAUCUCAGCCAGUUGCUAGAAAUAUCUCAACCUGGACAGGUUCUGUUAUUUGAUAUCCGACCACAGUCGGAAUAUCAGAGAUCUCAUAUCCGUGGCGCCAUAAACUUUCGGGUGCCGCAGAAUUUUAUCAAAGAUGCUUCGCUUGAUAUGAUUGGACGCACUAUUUCCGAAGAACAUGGUCAUGAUGCCUUCUCAAAAUGGAAAGAGGCAAGGUGUAUGGUGUUUUACUCUCGUGGGCUGGAGAGAACAUGGGGAUGUCCCUCUGCAACAUCAUUAUUACACAAGUUAGCAGAAUCAGGAUGGACAGGAAGAAGUUUCGUCCUUAAAGGUCACUAUCGCGAGUUUAGUGUAUCUUUUGGGCAACAUAUUGUAGUCAGCAAAAAGGUUCUUGGAGCCGAAGGUCUGGAGAAAAGCGAAGAGCCGACGACUGAAGCCGCUGCUGAUCCAACUCUCAACCAUGAACAGUAUACCCAAUGGCUAGCUCAUGUAGAAGAGGAGGAUCGGUCACGAACGAAUGCAUCCUCUCCUACGCGAACCACGGAGAGGACAGAAUUCGUAGAAAACCAAGAGCAAGAAUUGGAAGCGGAGUUAAUGGCUCGGUGUGGUGAUCUAUAUCGAAAAAUUCGAGACGUUCAAGCGGACAGAGAUCCAUCUUGGGACGAUAACUUCGACAUCAAGGCUCCAAUGGUCGAAUAUCUCGAUCGUGGUCUGAGGAAAGUGCGUGCUUAUCAGACGACGCCGCCACAAUUGCCACCCAGCUCCAAGCUGGCUGCUGAGUACUUCGAUCGGUCUCCUCAUGAGCAGAACGAAGUCGAGGGCUAUGUUGAAGUUGGCAAGGACGGUGAUUCUACCGGCGCUAUGCGAUCUGGAAGUCAGGCUUCGACAGACAAAGGAAGUCCCAGCGAAGAACCUCUGCGCAGGGGACGCGGCGGUGGGUUGUUGAAUAAGGUGUUUCGGCGGACAUAGUGCAUUUGGGUGAGUUUACAAAGGUGGCAUGAUUCUGGCAUAAAUGUGCUCGGGUAGCAUUACGGUUGUUUUGGAUGUCAUGAUACCAUGGAUAUAUAUCAGCGGGGGAUAAAAUCUCUGGCGUUAGUCUGCCUUUUGAAGUUUACAAUUAUUAUUUCGUAUUGUCUUAAAACAGC